CUUCGAGCCGCCACGUAACGCCACGUCCCCGCGCCUGCGCAUCUCGGCCGGCGGCGGCGGCUGUUUCCGGGCUUAGGCAGCAGGAGCGGCCGCCGAGUGGGAGGUGGUGGUGUCCCCGGCCGAGAAGUGCAGAGUGUGGGCUAGGGGUACAGGCCCUGCAGAAGGCAGGGGAAGUUGCCCUAUUUUCUUUACCCAAGGGGCUGGUAAAGCCGGUGGCCGAGCGACAAGAUGAAUUUCCUCCGCGGGGUAAUGGGGGGUCAGAGUGCCGGACCCCAACAUACCGAAGCCGAGACGAUUCAAAAGCUUUGUGACCGAGUAGCUUCAUCUACUUUAUUGGAUGAUCGAAGAAAUGCUGUGCGUGCCCUCAAAUCAUUAUCUAAGAAAUACCGCUUGGAAGUGGGUAUUCAAGCUAUGGAACAUCUUAUCCACGUUUUACAAACAGAUCGUUCGGAUUCUGAAAUAAUAGGUUAUGCUUUGGACACAUUAUAUAAUAUAAUAUCUAAUGAUGAAGAAGAAGAAGUAGAAGAAAAUUCCACAAGACAAAGUGAGGAUUUGGGAAGCCAGUUUACAGAAAUUUUCAUUAAGCAGCAAGAAAAUGUCACUCUCCUGUUAUCUUUAUUGGAGGAAUUUGAUUUCCAUGUCCGUUGGCCUGGUGUGAAGCUUCUGACUUCUCUUUUAAAACAACUAGGACCCCAGGUGCAGCAGAUUAUUUUAGUCAGUCCAAUGGGUGUUUCCAGACUGAUGGACUUAUUGGCAGAUUCCAGGGAAGUUAUUCGUAAUGAUGGUGUCUUACUACUACAGGCAUUAACAAGAAGCAAUGGAGCAAUUCAGAAAAUUGUUGCUUUUGAAAAUGCUUUCGAGAGGCUACUGGACAUUAUUACAGAGGAGGGGAACAGUGAUGGAGGUAUAGUAGUUGAAGAUUGUUUGAUUCUGCUCCAAAACUUGUUAAAAAACAACAAUUCCAAUCAAAAUUUUUUUAAAGAAGGCUCAUAUAUUCAGCGCAUGAAACCUUGGUUUGAAGUUGGAGAUGAAAAUUCUGGCUGGUCUGCACAGAAAGUGACCAAUCUACAUCUAAUGCUACAGCUUGUGCGGGUACUAGUAUCUCCCACCAACCCUCCUGGUGCUACCAGUAGCUGUCAGAAAGCUAUGUUCCAGUGUGGGUUACUGCAACAGCUUUGCACUAUCUUAAUGGCUACUGGAGUCCCUGCUGAUAUCCUGACUGAGACCAUAAAUACUGUAUCAGAAGUUAUUCGAGGCUGCCAAGUAAACCAAGACUACUUUGCUUCUGUAAACGCACCUUCAAACCCACCAAGACCAGCAAUUGUAGUACUUCUCAUGUCUAUGGUUAAUGAAAGGCAGCCAUUUGUGUUGCGCUGUGCUGUUCUCUAUUGUUUCCAGUGUUUCUUAUAUAAAAACCAAAAAGGACAAGGAGAAAUUGUGUCAACGCUUCUACCUUCCACUAUUGAUGCAACAGGGAAUUCAGUCUCAGCUGGACAGUUAUUAUGUGGAGGUUUGUUUUCUACUGAUUCACUUUCAAACUGGUGUGCUGCUGUGGCUCUUGCCCAUGCUUUACAAGAAAAUGCUACUCAGAAAGAACAGCUGCUCAGGGUUCAACUUGCUACGAGUAUUGGCAACCCUCCUGUUUCCUUACUGCAACAGUGCACCAACAUCCUUUCACAGGGAAGUAAAAUACAGACAAGAGUUGGAUUAUUAAUGUUGCUUUGUACCUGGUUAAGCAACUGUCCCAUCGCAGUCACACAUUUUCUUCACAAUUCAGCCAAUGUUCCAUUUCUUACUGGACAAAUUGCAGAAAAUCUUGGAGAAGAGGAGCAGUUGGUUCAAGGGUUAUGUGCCCUUCUGUUGGGUAUUUCAAUUUACUUCAAUGACAACUCACUUGAGAGCUAUAUGAAAGAGAAACUAAAACAAUUAAUAGAGAAGAGGAUUGGUAAAGAGAAUUUCAUAGAGAAACUAGGCUUUAUUAGCAAACAUGAGUUAUACUCCAGAGCAUCACAGAAACCCCAACCGAACUUCCCCAGUCCAGAAUACAUGAUAUUUGAUCAUGAGUUUACAAAGCUGGUGAAAGAACUUGAAGGUGUUAUUACUAAAGCUAUUUAUAAGUCAAGUGAAGAAGAUAAGAAAGAAGAGGAGGUAAAGAAAACUUUAGAACAGCAUGACAGUAUUGUGACUCACUACAAAAAUAUGAUUCGUGAGCAAGAUCUACAACUUGAGGAAUUAAAGCAGCAGAUUUCUACAUUAAAAUGUCAAAAUGAACAGCUCCAAACAGCAGUCACACAGCAAGCAUCUCAGAUUCAGCAGCAGAAGGAUCAGUAUAAUCUUCUUAAAGUACAGCUAGGAAAAGACAAUCAGCAUCAAGGUCCUUACAAUAAUGGGGCUCAGAUGAAUGGUAUUCAGCCAGAAGAAAUUAGUAGAUUACGAGAAGAGAUAGAAGAGUUAAAAAGUAAUCGAGAACUUUUACAAACCCAACUUGCUGAAAAAGACUCUUUGAUUGAAAAUUUGAAAUCUUCCCAAACUGCUUCUGAUAUGAAUGAACAGUCUUCAACUAAAGAUUCUGAACAAAUUGCAGAAUUAAAACAGGAACUGGCAACUUUAAAGUCUCAAUUAAACUCACAAUCUGUAGAGAUCACCAGACUACACACAGAAAAGCAUGAGCUGUUACAGAAAAUGGAAGCAUUUACAAAAUCCAUUCCUGUACAAGGAGAAAAUGAGUCUAUAAUAGCUUCUAAAACUACUGAUGUAGAGGGAAGACUAUCAGCAUUACUACAAGAAACUAAAGAAUUGAAGAAUGAAGUUAAAGCUCUGUCUGAGGAAAGAACUGCCAUUAAAGAGCAGCUGGAUUCAUCAAACAGCACUAUUGCUAUUUUACAAAAUGAGAAAGACAAACUACAGUUGGAAGUUACAGAUUCUAAAAAAGAACAAGAUGAUCUCUUGGUGCUGUUGGCCGAUCAAGAUCAGAAAAUAUUGUCAUUGAAGAAUAAACUCAAGGAUCUUGGUCAUCCAAUUGAAGAAGAGGAUGAACUUGAAUCUGGAGAUCAAGAUGAUGAGGAUGAUGAAAAUGAAGAUGGUAUCAAGGACCAGGAUCAUAUCUAACUCUAAAAUCUCUAGGAAUAAUAGACAUUAUAUUGUAAUUUUGAAGAUGGAAUCUUAAGAGUGUUUUGGUUUGCCUCCACAGGAAAUAAAGAUUUAGAAACCAAGUGGAAAACAUUCACUAAUAAGACUAUUGAUGUAUUUUUUAAUUUUGCCACCCAUGUUGAAAACCCUAAAACUCUCUACAGAACACCCAUUUUAUUUAAAUUCAUCUAAUCUGUCCCAAAAUAUAAUUUGUGAAGACAAAUGCUCGCGCGCACACAAAACCAUUUGAAGGCAUGUGGUGGCAGUGCUAUUGGCCUUAUUAGUUCAUUGGUUGUUUACUUUUCAGAAUUUGUGGCUUUUAAAUACUAACACAUUUGAUUUUUAUAUAUUGGGUUGGAAUCAUUUCUAAAUUCAGCAUUUGAACUCUUAGCUAAUGAUUUCCUUUUAUAGAAAGGAAAUUUACUUAAAGGCAAGAUAGUCUGGGCACAUGUUAUCAGCCCUUGGUGGCAUGUGACUCCCAAGAUGAGCAGGAGAGGGCAAUUGAGAAUGAGUGCUUUGACACCUGAUGUGGCUGUAUUUUGUACCUCUGAAGAAAGAAGGAUACUGACACAGUGAUGUGGAGGGAGGUUCUGAUAAACUUUUGCAGCAGUGUAUUAAUACAGUUGGUUUUCUUUUUAUUUUAAGCUAAAUAUGGAAAAUAAAUUACAAGUUAAUAGCUCAUACAA